CUUCUAUUAAACGCGGCCGCCUCUCCUCUUCUUGGCUCAGAGCAGCGCAGAGCAGAGCAAGGAGAGGGAGAGGGAGAGGGCGAGGGAGAGAUGGGUGGCGGCAACGCGCAGAAGUCCAAGACGGCCAGGGAGAGGAACGCCGAGAAGAACAAGGCCCCCAAGGGGAGCCAGCUCGAGGCCAACAAGAAAGCCAUGAACAUCCAGUGCAAGAUAUGCAUGCAGACUUUCAUCUGCACCACCUCUGAAGCAAAGUGCAAAGAGCAUGCCGAGGCGAGGCACCCCAAGAGCGACCUCGGCCAGUGCUUCCCCCACCUCAAGAAAUAGUAGUGGUGGCAUAUGCUCAAAUCACAAAGAGAGAAGCUGUCGUAAUCCACUAGUAUUAUCAUCAUGUAUGCAGUUACUGGUUGCCUUAUGUAUGGGUCUGAACUUUGGUCUGCUGCUGCAGCAGCAGCUGCUGCUUCGGUUGUGUAAUCGUUCUCUGUCAGCCUGUUGUGCAACAAUAUUAUCUGUGUGGAUUGUGCGUGUUAUUUAAAUACGUCUCCGUGAAUGAUCGUCUUGGAGGAGGCGUUUUAUGGUC